AUGUUCUGCACUCUUCGGCAUACGCGUGAGUCCGACGAGGUGUACACUUUCGAGAAGACCCCACCGCCGUACUCCAAAAAGCGCGGUACCAAAUUCGCUAAAGUCGCCUGCAUGACCUGUCGAAUGAGCAAGUUAAGAUGCUCCGGUGAGCUCUCUGGCUGCCAGCGAUGCCUGGCUAAGAAGAUCAAAUGCCAUUUCCCAGCCCCGCCGAAGAGCUCUGGCAGCACCCAGAACAAAGGGUGCUCAUCAGCGUCAGACCCGCCUCCUCAGGCGAAAGCGCCUUCUGAUACGACUGAGUCGACCACCGACGAUAGUAUCAGCGUAGUUGCAUCGUUCCACGAGGUACUGGAGGACAAUAGCAGCUUUGACUUCGAAGCAUCGACCUUCGCCCCAAUCGAGGAUGCCGACGCACUGCUAUUUACCGCUGAAUUCAGCCCGUCAGAGACAUCCGAGCACCCCACCGCGUUUACUACAGAUGCCAACAAGAGCAAAUUGCCUCAGGACGAAAUGAUUUGGGUGGAAGGAAACAUAGGUCAUGUCUUCAACAGUGGCAGCAGCAUGUGGGCGUCAUCCGAAGACAUACCUCAUACGUCUUCACGAGGGGAGAGCUCGGAAUUCUGUUAUGCUUGCCUCGCACAAGCUAUGAGAACCCAUGAGGCCGUUGAGGCGGCUGUUUGGGCUCAGAAGAACAGGGUCAAAGAUACCAACGAUAUACUUAAAGAACAAAAAAUGGCCAUGGUAGAGUGCAGGGAGCUUCUUGAUUGCCAGAAAUGCAGUAGACAGUCAGCUCAAAUCAUGCUGCUCUUGUCAAUAUGCGGCAAGAUACUAGGGUCCCUGGAAGCCGCAUUUUAUGGGCUCCCCGUAGGGAAGGAUGCAAAUGCUGGAUUGUCUCCACAUCAGACAUAUCUUAAGAGGAGGUGGACCACACCAGACGGCGGUCCCGAACCCCACGGGUCGUCAUACUACCUGCCGAUCUAUGGUAUGAGUAGCAGAAAUAGACGGCUAGACGACGAGGAUGAGCUUCUCGUACUACAAAGUUUGCUUAAGGCGCGUGCGGCGAUGCUGGAUGGUUUGUUCAGCAGGCUCCACAUUGUCAUCACUGCGCAUAGCUGGCCAGCCCAGCAAAGCCUCAUUCGGGAGCUCCAAAACCGCCUUAUAAAGGGCCCUUUGAUCACGGAGCCCGCAGGGAGGAUACCAGAAUAG